AGCGGCCCCCGCCGGCCCGCAGAGCAGAGCUGGGCUGUCCCCGGGCGCAGGCACCAUGUGCGGCAUCUUUGCUUACCUAAACUACCAUGUUCCCAGGACAAGACGGGAGAUCCUGGAGACCCUUAUCAAAGGGCUUCAGAGAUUGGAGUACAGAGGAUAUGAUUCUGCAGGUGUGGGAAUCGAUGGAGGAAAUGACAAAGACUGGGAGGCUAAUGCCGGCAAAAUCCAACUAAUCAAAAAGAAGGGGAAAGUGAAGGCUCUGGAUGAAGAGAUUAACAAACAACAGGAUAUGGACCUGGACAUCGAGUUUGAUGUACAUCUUGGCAUCGCACAUACCCGAUGGGCUACCCAUGGUGAGCCCAGUCCCGUCAAUAGCCACCCGCAGCGCUCAGAUAAAAACAAUGAAUUUAUUGUUAUCCACAAUGGCAUUAUAACCAACUACAAAGAUCUGAGAAAAUUUUUGGAAAGCAAAGGGUAUGAUUUUGAGUCUGAGACCGACACAGAAACCAUUGCCAAGCUUGUCAAGUACAUGUACGACAACCGCGAAAGUGACGACAUUAGCUUCACCACCUUGGUGGAGAGGGUUAUCCAGCAACUGGAAGGUGCUUUUGCCCUUGUGUUUAAAAGUGUCCAUUACCAUGGUCAAGCAGUUGGCACCAGACGAGGAAGCCCCCUGCUGAUUGGAGUUCGAAGUGAACACAAGCUCUCCACUGACCACAUUCCAAUACUGUACAGAACAGCUGUGCAAUCUAUGGAUCAUUCUGUUGGUGGAAUAUCCAUAGAAGCGGAGAAAGGUAAAGACAAGAAAGGAAGCUGCAGCCUCUCCCGUAUCGACAGCACCACCUGUCUUUUCCCUGUUGAAGAGAAAGCUGUGGAGUACUACUUUGCUUCUGACGCGAGUGCUGUCAUUGAGCACACCAACAGAGUGAUUUUCCUUGAAGAUGAUGACGUAGCAGCUGUGGUGGACGGUCGUCUUUCUAUCCACCGGAUCAAACGCACAGCGGGCGACCACCCUGGGCGUGCAGUCCAGACCCUGCAGAUGGAACUUCAGCAGAUCAUGAAGGGUAACUUCAGUUCAUUUAUGCAGAAGGAAAUUUUUGAGCAACCAGAAUCUGUUGUUAACACAAUGAGAGGAAGAGUCAACUUUGAUGACUACACUGUGAAUCUGGGCGGGCUGAAGGAUCACAUCAAGGAGAUUCAGCGGUGUCGGCGUUUAAUCCUGAUUGCUUGUGGGACAAGCUACCAUGCCGGAGUUGCGACUCGUCAAGUGCUAGAAGAAUUGACUGAAUUGCCUGUUAUGGUUGAACUAGCCAGUGACUUUUUGGACAGAAACACUCCAGUCUUCAGAGAUGACGUCUGCUUUUUUAUCAGCCAGUCAGGCGAGACAGCAGAUACUUUGAUGGGUCUUCGAUACUGUAAGGAAAGGGGAGCCCUCACUGUAGGAAUAACUAAUACCGUGGGCAGUUCCAUAUCCAGGGAGACCGACUGCGGUGUCCAUAUCAAUGCAGGACCAGAGAUUGGUGUGGCCAGCACAAAGGCCUACACUAGCCAGUUUGUUUCUCUGGUGAUGUUUGCCCUCAUGAUGUGUGAUGAUAGGAUUUCUAUGCAAGAAAGACGCAAAGAAAUCAUGCAUGGUCUCAAGGUCCUACCAGACUUGAUUAAAGAAGUGCUGAGCAUGGAUGAUGAGAUCCAGAAACUGGCAACAGAGCUUUACCAUCAGAAGUCGGUCUUGAUUAUGGGACGUGGCUAUCACUACGCUACAUGUCUUGAGGGAGCUUUGAAAAUAAAAGAAAUCACAUACAUGCACUCGGAAGGCAUAAUGGCUGGUGAGCUGAAGCAUGGUCCCCUCGCCCUGGUAGACAAGUUGAUGCCUGUUAUCAUGAUCAUCACAAGGGACCAUACGUAUGCUAAGUGCCAGAAUGCUCUCCAGCAGGUUAUAGCGCGGCAGGGGCGACCGGUAGUGAUUUGUGAUAAGGAAGACACAGAGACAAUUAAUAAUAAUAAGAGGACAAUCAAAGUUCCUCAUUCUGUGGACUGUCUGCAAGGAAUCUUGAGUGUCAUCCCUUUACAGCUUCUGGCUUUCCAUCUUGCAGUGCUCAGAGGAUAUGAUGUUGAUUUUCCAAGAAAUCUGGCCAAAUCUGUAACUGUAGAGUAA